UAAAUGCAUGCGGCAGACGAGUAUUUUUUUAAGGAGAUUGUUAUAAAACAUUAAUUUAGGAUACAGUUCACAUUUUUUUAAAUCUUCUCCGGGAAAAUGCAUGCUGUGAAACAAAGGCAUUUACUGAACAGCUUAAGGACUCUUGUCCUGAAAACCUCUGUCAGAAAUACCUCUAUUAAAGGCGUGACUUUGGAGUAUGACAAGGAUCCACAUCCCUUGUUUACUGAUGCUGAGACACAAAAGCUUCUAAAAUCCCUGACACAGUUACAAGUGGAAAAGGUCUUUCGAAAGGCCACAAUGCCGAAAAAUACAACGGAAUACAAAUUUAUGACUACUGAGGAACUGGAGGAGGAAUUUGUAAAAACCAUCGAAAGGGCAAAAUCGAGGCUACAAAUGCCACCUGUGGUCAAAGUAAAAGAGGACACACCAAGGGUAAUUUCUGAAGACAAAGCUUUGAAAGGCUUCUCAGAUACGAAAUAUGUUAUUACCGACAUAAGCUUUGGUCUUAAGCCAAUCGAGCGCAAAGUUGUCGUUCGCGAAACAGAUGGGACCCUGCGUUAUGCUCCCAUGGAUGUGACAAAGCGCAUGAAGCAGUUAUAUGCUCCACUAGCAGGACGUAAGAUACGUACACCCAAAAUGUUUGAGGACGAGCAUUUCCAAAGAUGCCUGGAUGAGCAUAAGUAUGAGUUUAUACUCGACCGUCUAGUGGUACAAUAUGAGCCAUACGAAACGGAAUACCACAGAUUGUGCUCCAAAGUGUACCAACAUUUAAAUGACACAAAAGAAUUUGACCAACUACGUUCCACACGCCAUUUUGGCCCAAUGGCUUUUUUCUACGCCUGGCAUAAGUGCAUAGACGAUCUGCUUUAUGACAUGAUACGUCGUGAUUAUCUGCGUAAUGGCGCAGAGCUCAUAGCACUCUAUUACAAAAUCCACAAGGUGCCAGAAAAUUAUUCGGUUUUAUUGCAAAAACUUGAACAAUAUACUUCCGCAGAUGAUAUUGCGUUAAAGGCAUUGCGAACACCACUUAAAAAAGCACUAGAGAGCGGAGAUAUUCAUGAUGAAAUCGAAAGUGCUAUAGGCAAAUCUGCCAGAGACUUCGAAAUGGAUGAACUAUGUCUACAGUUCAUAGAAAGCUUCAUAAGCUCGCACGCAUUGAAAAAAGUGCAAUUGGAAUUGGCUGUGCAAACAUUAAAGGAAAUUAAUGCCGAAAAGAAGCAACUAUACGAAGGUUUGAGCAAGGCUCAUGGAGUCCAACAAAGCAAUUAAUAAUCAUAACAUUGUCGAUAAUAAAAUGAACUUAAGUCGAGAUUGUUGAUUGAUUUUAUUUGUAAAUCAAUAUAUACAAUUGAGAACUUUCGUUAUAGAAAAAUAAAACAAAAACUUCAAAGAAAGUGACACUAGUAUCACGUAAA